AUGAAACUUGGUGGAGGAAUGGUCUGGGCUCUUGACCUUGACGAUUUUAAAAAUAGAUGUGGCGAAGGAAAUCAUCCUCUAUUGAAUGCUAUAAAGAACGGUUUACUUAAUCCUAAGGUAGAAGAUUUGGAAAUAAUGCAAAGUCAAAUGAGACCUAAUCCUACGAACAGUAUCGAUGAGGAGGACGACUUGGACGAUAUUAUGGUACCUAUUCACCAUAGGCCUACUAAAAGACCAAUACAAACGACUGUCGCAACAACCACAACUAGAAAACCGACCACUACUACGACAGCAAUUAGCACGAUUAAGGAAGAACCAUUCAAAAUCGUUUGCUAUUACACUAACUGGGCUUGGUACAGACCCGACAACGGAAAAUACACCCCAGAUGAUAUCGAUCCAGAGAAGUGCACGCACAUCGUGUACGCAUUCGCUGUGCUCGACAUGGACGACCUUAUCAUCAAACCUCACGAUAUUUGGCUAGACGUGGAAAAUAAGUUUUACGAGAAAGUGGCAUCACUGAAGGUCCAUGGAAUCAAAGUUCUACUUGGUCUGGGAGGUUGGGAUGACUCAGCAGGCGAUAAGUACUCGAGACUGGUAAACAACCCUGCAGCUAGAAGAAAAUUCGCAGUCCACGCAAUCGACUUCAUACAAGAGUUCGGCUUCGAUGGUUUAGAUCUUGACUGGGAAUACCCGAAGUGUUGGCAGGUGGAAUGCGAAAAGGGACCUUAUUCAGACAAGCAAGGAUUCUCUAAUUUAGUAAAGGAAUUGCAUACAGCAUUUUACAAACGUGGCUUACUGCUGUCUGCUGCAGUAUCGGCGAGCAAACGCGUCAUAGAUUACGCCUAUGAUGUGCCAACACUAUCUGAGAACUUGGACUGGAUAGCGUUGAUGACUUACGAUUAUCAUGGACAAUGGGAUAAAAAAACUGGUCAUGUAGCACCAAUGUAUGUACACAAUAAGGAUGACGACAGCACUUUCAACGUGAAUUACACGGUUCACUACUGGAUGGAUAAAGGCGCUACACCCCAGAAGUUAGUACUGGGGGUACCAUUUUAUGGACAGACAUUUUCUUUAGUGGAGGGAGCUGGCACUGAACUAGGUGCUCCUACUUACGCAGGAGGGGAGGCGGGAGACGAGACUAGAGCACGUGGCUUCUUAGCUUUCUAUGAGAUCUGCGAACGGAUCAGAGUGAAAGGUUGGCGGGUAUACCGCGAGCCUGGCGGUCGCAUGGGUCCGUACGCGACUGACGGCGACCAGUGGGUUUCGUUCGAUGACGACUGGGCCGCGAGACACAAGGCCCAGUAUGUGCGGGCCCUUCAGCUCGGCGGCGCUAUGGUCUGGUCGAUGGAUCUUGACGACUUUACCGGGAAGUACUGCGGCUGCGGACGGUCGCCGCUGUUGGCUAAUAUCAACCAUGUCCUGCGCGGGAAGGAAGCGCCGCCGCCAUGCACGUUAGAAGAAAUUCAAGCACCACCCACAACGAUGCCCGCAGGAGUGUCAACUACAGAAAUGGCUGACCUAGAAUACAAGCCGGCACAUCCAGAAAGUGAAAUGAACCCGGGUUACGAUUCAGGAUCGUCUCUAGAUGGCAAACCUUGUUCAGGAGUAAUAUUCAAAGGAGAUAAUGUAGAUUGUAGUAAAUAUUAUAUUUGUAUGAACGGAAUAUAUUUGGAACUGACAUGUCCAGCACCUCUGGUAUGGGACAAAAAUCACUGUGAACAACCAGAAAAGUCAUCUUGCAGAAGUAAAGCAAACUUGAGAAUUCCGGGUGAAAGCAAACCAAUUUUUGGAGAUAACAAACCAAUCAUUGGCUGCUACUUCACAAACUGGGCAUACUACAGACACGGAAAUGGCAGCUUUGGGCCUGAACAAAUUGAUCCGUCUCUGUGUACUCACAUCAUAUACGCAUGGGCUCAUCUCGAUUACAACACUUACAAUAUAAUUCCUGGAAACCCAGAACUGGAUAUAGAUAACGAUUUCUACGGAAAAAUAACAAAUCUGCGCUUGUUAGGAGUUAAAGUUAUUAUUGGAGUAGGUGGCUUAGAAGAUUCAGAAGACAGCAAAUGGGCUGAAAUGGCCGCUAGUCCCAAAAACAGAAAGGCAUUCGUAGAAUCUGCACUCAAAUUCUUAAAAAGAUGGAACUUCGAUGGUUUACAGCUCGCGUGGCAGUAUCCUGUUUGCAACCAGAUGCCAUGUACAGACUUCGACAUCACAGAAAAAGAAAACUACAGCAUACUUAUCGCGGAAUUGUCAAAAACUCUCCAUCAACAUAACUACGAGCUCUCGGCCAUGGUUUCAUCAUCGCCCGAGAUAGCAACUUUGGCUUACGAUCCAGAAAUAUUAACGGCUACUUUAGACUGGAUCUCACUUGCCGCUAAUGACUAUUACGCUUCGAAAUCAGGAAGAACCGCGUACUUGGUGCCUUUGGAAACUGUAGAGCUUGCAGGAAUUAAUAGUUUUAAUUCGUCUCUGGCAUACUGGACAAGUGUAGUCCCACAAAGUCAGAUAGUAGUUGGCGUGCCAGCGUACGCGCGUUCAUACACGCUACGUAGUGCAGAAAACGCCGGCGUGCAUGCGCCAGUAACAGGACCCGGAAUAAAAGGACGCUUCACGAUGGUUCCAGGCUUCCUGGCCUAUUACGAGAUAUGUCCCGGGCCUUCGAGCGAAUGGAAAGAAACCCAAACAGAAGACGGUACUUAUGCGGUGCGACGCUCUCAAUGGGCAUCGUACUUGAGCGCGGUGGAGGUACACCGGGUGGGGGCGAGCGGGGCCCGCGCGGGGCUACGGGGCGCCGCGCUUUGGGCCCUCGACCUCGACGACUGGCAGCCCUUGUGCACACCCCGAGUCUGGCCCUUGCUCAACGCUCUACGGCAGGGAUUACACGAACCGGAACUACCAUUAGAAUUGUAA